UCCGACAUCAACAACCAGCAAUUUGCACCUGGCAUCCCUGUCUUGGACGAGGCGAACCACAACAAAGCUUGACAGUGAGGAAGGAGGAUGUGUGGACGCGGUGUCCGGGUAAAUAUUAAGUCACAAGGCGGCCACUAAGGCAUAAGGGCGGCAUAACCAGUGGGGAUACGUUUGAUAAUCAAGAUGAUGAACUACGAUAGACAAGAUGUGGUCUUCGUGGUGGAGAAGAGCGCCUGUAUGAAGCGGUACUUGCCAGAGCUCCUGGAGGCUUACAUUUCCCCGACGGUAACGCUCUUUGGAGGUGGCUUAUCCGAGGAAUCGGAUGUUUUCUUCACACAGAGUAGUGUUGUCCAGUAUGCAGCUGUCUUCUAUGGAACAGAACUUUCACUAGUUGGGUCAUGGGGCCAGGUAGAAUGCUUUGGUCCCACCUGCUCAGAAACUGAAAUUGUAAAUUCGAUAAAAAAUGCUCGUUAUUCAUGCAAAAACUUGUCCCGACAAGCAUUUAUCCUGGAUGGACUCCAAGCUGCAGUUAAUCUAUUUGACUCGAUGAAAAAGCAUUACUCGACGAGUGAGAAUGUCCAGCGGUGUUGUGUUCUAGUAACGCAGAGCACUCCUAUGAGUAAUCCCUGGUCUCCUACAAACCCAGAAAAAGUUCUUUUGGAAAUCAAAAGGACGAGUAUUCAGUUAUCUGUCAUCUCGGCCCAUAAGCUGGUGGAGCUGUAUAGAUUGUUUGAUGCCGCUGGCGGUGAUCAUCAGGCCAGUCCUAACAAGAACUAUGCAAGCAAGCCUCAACAUCUUGUUCUUCUUAAUGGGUUCACGCUACAGGAGCAUGCACUCAGUCCUUCUCUGGUAGGCUAUCCUCCAGCAACUAAUGUAGCCACACCACCAGCAGUAAUUGGCACACAAGUUCCUUCACAAGGAGUGACAGUGGCACCAGUUGCAGGUCCUGGACCCUCGCCCAACCCUCUAGGACCCGGAGCUGCAACUCCUUCCCCAGGACCUGUGUCAGUGGGUUCUCCUGCCCCUCCACAAGCUGCUCAAGCAUCGGUAGGGAUGGUGAGACCAGGUUCUGUUACACAGAUUGUUGUUAACCCAACUCCUACUCAGCCCAUAAACAUGCCCAACCAGCAACCAAAUGGUGUACCCGCUCGUGUUCAAAUUCCUAUGCCCAGGAUGACUCAGCCACGACAAAGAUGGCCUGGGGACACAGUUGCUGCUGUGACCAACCCUGUACAGGGUGUGGGCCCAUGGCAAGGUGGUAUGGGUCAGCGAGCACCCGUUAUGCAGUCCAUGAUAGUUAAUCAGCAGUCUCAGCAGGCAGUACAGACUGAUGGUAUGGCAUCCAAACAGCCCAAUUCUAUACCAAAUGAAGUCAACAUGAUCGGUGUAAAUCCAGCCGGAAACAUGCCAACACAAGGACCACAACAGUCUGCCAUGCCACCAGGAAGUGGUGUGGGGCAAGGAAUGAACCCUCCGAGUCAACGGUCUGUCGUGUGGCAAGGCACACUAGAGUGGCAAGAAAAGAAAACGGACAACAACAGUAAGGUUUUACAUCAAGUCACAUGCAAAAUGACUUCGCUUGUGGUGAAUGGUGAACCAGAAGUGAAAGCAGACUGUUGGGCACCGACACUUAUUAUGCAGAUGAUUCCAAAACACAUCCUUGGAUCUAUUGGCAAUACAUUCUUCAAGAAUGUUAAGACAGUUAUGUUCUUGCCUGACCAAAGUCCUGCGCUGGAUAUUCUCACCAACUUUUUAUUUCGUGGCAUGGCUGGAUGUGUUCACGUGUCUCACGCAUCUCCAGCUCAGAGUGAAGUGAAGGUGAUCAUCCUGCUGUUUUCGAGCGAGAAGAAAGCUUAUGUUGGCUUUAUUCCCGUUGACCAAUUCUCUUUUGUUAAUAAAAUAAAGAGCGUUAUACAAAGUGCGCGCAAAGGACAGUUAGUGAACAACAUGAUGACACAAGGAACUGGACCCAACGUAGCAGGAAAUAACCCAUCACACAUGGUGGUUCCGGGAAGUUCAGGCAUGCAGCAGCUGCCCACCAAUCCAAGUUCUGGUUUGAACGUCAUGUCUUCCCAGAGCAUGAUCAUCCAACAGAACCCUCAACUAAACCAUGCCCUGAGUCAACCCAUUAGUCAAGGUAGUAAUACCAUUCUCGGAGGCGGACAGUUGUCACAAAUGACGAGCGGAACUGUUUCACAAGGCAUGGGCCAACAGGGACCCGUUGGACCAGUUAAUGUGCAGAUGGGAACUGGGCAGUCGGUGUUGGCUACGCAGCUCACCACACGACCAACUCUAAACAUCCAACAGCAGCAGCAGCAGCAACAGCAACAACAACAACCAGAUAUGAUUCAGAUGCGCCAAAAUCAGCAACAGCAGCAGCAGCACCAACAGCAGCAUCAUACAGCAAUACGCCAGCAGCUGCAACAGCAAUUACAACAACGACCAGGCAUGACGAUGAAUAUUGGGCAGCAGGUGCCAGGGUCAAACACUCCUCUCGGCCAGCCACGAAUUAUGCAGCCUACUAUGCCGACCUCUGGGCUCAAACAACUUCUGCAACAGCAGCAGGUAAGACUUCAGCAGCAGCAACAAGUCCAGCAACAGCAACAAGUCCAGCAACAGCAACAGCAGCAGCAGCAACAACAUAUCAUCAUGAUGCAGCAACAAGGAAUAAGGCCGCAGAUGGCUGGUCAAGGCCAGCAGGUUAUGGGUCAGGCUAUAGGUCAGCAAAGCAUAGGCCAACAAGGAAUGGGACAACAAACGAUGAAUCAGCAGGGUAUUGGUCAACCUAUUCAAGACAAUAAUGAUUAUAUGGUAGAUCUUCUCUAAAAUAAUGUCUGAAUAUUAGUCAAGAUUUGCAGUCUUGUCAGAAGCUUUUUUAGGAUGAAAUGCUGUGAACAGUGUUUGCUGCUUUCACACUGCGGAGCUUUGAGCACUGCUAGAAGAAUUUGUUUUCAUUUACAUACAUUGGUUGAUUACAGUUUUCUUUUUGUUUUUUUCCAGAAAAAAUUGGCAGGUACUAAAAAUGAUUUCUCAAGUACUGUACUUUUCAUGGUCAAUGCCAUAGUCACUGAAGCAACUUUGGAGGAAAGUUAUGGUAAGGAAAUAAAGGUUAAUGAAAGUUGA